UAGGACCCAGUGGAUCAAAGCGAAUAGAGGAGGAGUCAGCAAUGAUUGACAUGAUUUCGGAAAGCGAACCAGACUCCACUGUGGUCGAGUAAACUAGCAAAAGCAGGCUAUCGAGGUACAGCCAUAACACCGUGUGUCACUGUGAUUUUUCCGCGAUAUUGUGUAAAACUUCUCCCUCGGUUCAAGUCGUCGUCGCGGACCAGCGUGUGAAACAAACGAACGAUGCGUUUUCAUCCUUGAUUUUCGCUUCAUUGCCAUUCGCGCGGAGUUGAUAAUGAUUAAGAUGAAACUGCCCAUGAGAACGGCGGAGGAAGGAGGGGACGAUACGGCCGAGGAGGAACAGGAAAAAACGGAUUGCAAUCUCCGUUUUCCCAGUUCGAUUUCCAACAGGUUUGAGGAUUCCACGAGAGGACUGGGAUACCCCCUACCUCAGCUGGAUAAAGAGGCUGUUUUCGAGUGGUUUGGCUUGAAUUUGAAUCCGGCCAAGCGAAUAGAGUUUAUGUGUGGAUUGCUCCAUAUGUGCCAGCCGCUGGAGCUCCGCUUUUUGGGCUCCUGCCUAGAGGACCUUGCACGGAAAGAUUUCCACGUCCUACGGGACUUUGAGACCAGAGCUAACAGUCCAACCGAUCUAGGCCUUCUGACGGACGUUACCGACCCUGUCGUUCGAUCUAAACUGCUAGUUUGUCUGUCUCUCUUGGGGUCUGAAAACAGGGAUUGUGCGGGAAUACUGUUUCGAAUAUUGAGCCAUGUGGAUUCUGCUUUGUACUUCAAAAACUAUGACUUUCCACUUUCACCGUAUAGGGACUCUGAGCACUUCCAGAAUUCCCAAAGUGAGGAAGGAGAUGAAACAGGGAGGUCAGGACAUCGUUGCGGGCCUCCACUGGAGCCAGGGUCCGGUGCGCUGGAACAGUUGGCGCUGCUUUUUACAAUGGCCUCUUUACACCCGGCGUUCCACUUUCACCAGAGAGAAACUGUCAGGACACAACUGGAUAAAGUCAAUGCCGCCGUAGAGGAAGAAAGGCAGCAUUACCAACACCGCACCAACGCCCUGCAGCCCAAGGUGCCCAAAGCGGCCUACCUCUCCCCCAGCACUGAGGCCAGCCCGCGGGACAGCGUGCAGUCGGCCCCCCACGCAGGCCCCCCCACGGCCAGAGCACCCCAAAGAGAGGCCGUGCACAUCGAGCGGAUCGUGCUGAAGGGGAUCUCCAGGAGAGGAGCAGAGAGGGAGUUCAGCUUCGAGGUGAAAUGGUCAGACUCCACUUCCACAAACGUGACCAAGACGCACCACGAGCUGGAGGACUUUUUGUUAAAGCUUCCAAAGGACAGGGCUUCGGAAUCCUUCGAGAGAGGCAUCCGGAACCUGCUUCACCGUGGCGACCAGCACGAGGGCAGGGAGCUGGAGAGGACGCUGAGGGAGAAGUUCCUGUUGGCGCCUCAGGAUUUCCGCCAGACGAGGAGAGUUUGCUCCUUCUUCCUGUCCGACCCCUUAAAGGACAACUGCAGCCGCUGUAAGGCCACGCCCCCGGGGCUGCCCGCCGAGCGCUUUAAGGAGGACUGCUCCGAGACGUCCAGUCAGGAGGAAGGUGGAUUAACGUCACUGCCUGACUCUCUUGAGGAGUUUGGGUCCCUGUGCACCCAGCCCAAGGUGCAUGGCGUGCAGCGGUAUAGAAGAGCAGCGGCAAUGGCGGCUGACUGUGUGAGAUAUGAGAGCGGAGAAGUGAAAUGGUCAGACUCCACUUCCACAAACGUGACCAAGACGCACCACGAGCUGGAGGACUUUUUGUUAAAGCUUCCAAAGGACAGGGCUUCGGAAUCCUUCGAGAGAGGCAUCCGGAACCUGCUUCACCGUGGCGACCAGCACGAGGGCAGGGAGCUGGAGAGGACGCUGAGGGAGAAGUUCCUGUUGGCACCUCAGGAUUUCCGCCAGACGAGGAGAGUUUGCUCCUUCGUCCUCUCCGACCCCUUAAAGGACAACUGCAGCCGCUGUAAGGCCACGCCCCCGGGGCUGCCCGCCGAGCGCUUUAAGGAGGACUGCUCCGAGACGUCCAGUCAGGAGGAAGAUCUGGAGCCGUACAUUCCAAGCCUCCGAAAGAGACACGGCAGCAAGAGCCCAAGCCUUAGCACUCCCAGUACCAAGAGCUCGCAGGCGGAGAGCCGGAGGACGCCGCGCCCCGAGCACAACGGCGCCACCGACUGGAGGAGGAGCGUCCUGGAUCCCCACGCCGCGGGACCCCUGCAGCACCCCACCGAUGACAAACGGAACGGCCCCCCAGGAAACAAGAGCAGAGGGAGAACACUGGCAACCGACAGGGAGAAAGGGAGGAGAGGAGAGGGGAGAGGGGGUGCUGUCUGUAAUGGUAUUCUCAGGCCGCCCCCCCCAGCGCAGACAGUGAGACACCCCCCUGGGAGAGACUGCCCCGCGAACUCCGGCUCGGGGCAGGACACGUUUGGGGAGACGUCCUCGGAGAGCUACAGCUCGCCCUCCAGCCCGCAGCACGACGGCAGGGAGAGCCUGGAGAGCGAGGAGGAGGACGACAAGGACCGAGAGACGGACAGCAACUCUGACGACUUCCUGUCCUGCAAAGCGGUGGGCGGAGCUUCAGUGGUCGCGGUGCACCCCGCGGUCGCCGUCCCGCAGAAGGAUGGCCUCCCCUUGAGCGCCCCCAAGUUCCCCUCGCUGCCCGUCCUGCAGCCCGUGCCGUUCGUGGCCCAGAACGGAGUGCCCCCCCCACCGCCAGGCGAGGGCAAACCGGGCGUGGUCCUGCCACCGGCCGCGGCCCUGGUACCCCGCGAGCCCCUGAGCGGGCACGCCGCGGGGGGCGACGCAGAGAGACCGCCGGAACCCGCCCCCCUCCCGCCCGCCCUCGGCCCCGCCCUCCCCGGCCCCGCCCCCCAGCCCCUCGUCCAGCGCUUUAAGACUGGCCCGUGUCCGCAGGCAGGGUCCAAGGGCGGUGGCUCCGCCCCUGUCCCACCCCCCAUGGGCGCCAUCAGCGUCAUCGCCCCCGGCCCCGCCUACCUGUCCCCCCUUCAGCCGGGCUACCCCGCCCCCGAGCCGACGCCCGCCUCCGGCGCCCCCCCGACCGAGCCCGCCCCGCUGCCCCCCUCCUUCUCCGUCCCCGCCCCCCCCGCGCCCGUCAUUCCCUCCCCGGGCGGAGCCACAGCCCCCCCCGCCGGCGUACCAGCCCCAAGCCCCGCCCUCACCCACAGCACGGCGCACAUCGCCAGCGCCGACGGCUCCGCCUACGUCAACAGCAGCAGCCCCGGGGGUGGCCCCCAGGCCCCGCCCCCUCAGCCCCAGCCCCCCCAGCAGCCCCCCCAGCAGCAGCCCCAGCAGCAGCAGCAGCAGCAGACGGCGGCCCCCCCUCACCAGCCCGUGGGCUGCGGCGCCUGCGGCUGCCGCGGCAGCUGCGGCGGGAGCGGCCACGCCCAGAGCUACUUCUUCCCGCCCCAGGUGGCGCGGCAGGUGUUCGGCAUGCCGCCGCUCUUCCACCUGACCUCGCUCUGCGGCGGGAGCAGCUACCUCAGCCAGGCCGGCAACGGCGCCACCCAGCUGCCCUUCUUCCCGUACCCGGGCGCGCCCCUGCUGCACGCCCCCGCGCCCGGCGACGCCCACGUGCUGGCGGGCGCCCAGGCCGCGGCGGCGGCGGCGGCCGGGUACGGCCUGCAGCAGAUGCCCGCCUUCGGCCGCUUCUACCAGCCCGUCUUCCCCUCGCUGGGCGUGGUGCCCGGGGCCGGAGGGCCCGCCCCCAAGAAGGGCGGCAGCGUGUCGUGCUACAACUGCGGCCUGAGCGGGCACCAGGCGCACGACUGCAACCAGCCCUCCAUCGACGCCUCGCAGCCAGGUGGAUUUCGGCUGAAGUUCGUCGCUCCCCACUCCAAUGACGGACUCGACAAAACGGAAUGAGGCCGCUGGGAGACCACUAUGGCGUUUUCUCGCUCCGCUAAAAUAAAGAUUCCAGAGACCCGGCGUUUUAAGGGGCGUUUUUUUAUUUUUUAAUUUCUAUUACAUUUUAGAAUGUGCUUCAAUGGCCUGGCGGGACUAUAAGAACGCUGCGCCUGUUUUCUUGACAAGGGGAAAUCCCGUCGUUUCCGCGGAGAGUUCCUUUCGUGGCCUCUGGUGUUUUGCACUGAACACGGGCUUUGGCGCCACCUAGUGUUUACUAACUUAUUUUCUUAAAUUGUUUAAAAAAAUAAAAAUAAGGCAUCUUUGUUGGAUGCCUGGUGAUUUUUUUGAUCUUAGAUAUAAAGGAAGGACUUGGGAGGACUGGGGUUAUUAAAGGGUUUUUUGUGGGUUUAUUUUUACUAUUGUAUAUUUAUGCUUCCUAUCUUGUUUCUAUGAGAACAUUUCUGCUUUUCUAUUUGAGUCCCCGCAAGUCAGCACAGAAUUUCAUUUAACGUUGGCAGAGGAUUCACCAACUAGUUCAUUUAAUAGCAAAACCUGCCUGUAGAAGAAGACAAUUUUAUUUCUCUAGUCCUCUGAAGUUUUGAGGAAAUACGAUUUCAAAUGUUGAAGGAGAUGGCUUUAAAACCUGAAAAUACAUAGGAUCUUUUUUUUUCAAAGCCAACAAAAUUGUUUAAAGGACUUUAGGAGCAGCUAAUCGUUUAAAUGCAUUUUUAAAUAUUUAUUCAAAAAUGAAAAAAAAA